GUGCUGGUGUUGGGUUUUUAGAGACUACUUUUUUGAUGACUUGAGUCAAGGUACAGCUGGCACUAUUGAUGUGGUUAAAAAAAAAAUCUUUGCUCUUAACGGGCACCGUUUAUUUCCAUGGAAAGCAAAGUGUCUGUUUUGGUGAACGCUGUUCCCCCUUAUGGGCAUGUCAUUGCUUGUGAGAAAUGGAGAAACUGUCCUCUUAUUCAAAGUCUAAAAAGUGGAGGGGUGAAAAUCCUCUUUGAGAGUGAGCUUGGAGUGGCAGAUUUCCACCUGCCCAAUAAAAGCUGCAUUCUUUAUGUUUCAGAAAGUGACAUUAUUGCAGGAAGCAGCUAUAAACGAAAGCUGGUUCGCUAUAGAAACGCUGGCAGCAACUUCCAGGGGCUGGUCCUGGUGGAGAACACUAGGCUGAGUGAGCAGUACUUUACAGCUGUGCAGAAAUUUGUGGUGUUUGACCUUGGCCUGACACUUCUGCCUGUCCGUGGACAGACUGAGGCCUCCCAACUUAUUGCUCAAAUUGUUCAUGGAGAGAGCCGAGAGAACCCCUUCAGAAGGAGGAGUGCAUCCCGGCUGAUGGACCCGCAGGUUUUGUCCAUGGUGCAGCUUGUCCCUGGGGUGGGCAGGGUCAAAGCUCUCGCUCUGCUCCAGCACUUCCCCAGUAUCCAUCAGCUUUGCAAUGCACCCCCGGCAGAACUGGAGUCUAUUGUGGGUCAAGCUGCUGCUCAACAAAUCCAUAGCUUUUUCCAUAAACCCACUUAAGGCAUAGUUUGUUAAUAUUCUCUGUAAAUGCUGCUACCCAUUUUAAAUGUGUUGUCUUUUUGUGAAACUAUCAUUGUACUAUUUAAUAUUUAGGAAUAUGAUUGUUUUGCUAUAUUGCCAGUAUGGAAGAAGAAAGAAGGAAAAAAAUAACUUGAAUGGAGUUUGUUUGUUGCUUGUGAAAUAUACGAUUAUUUAUUAUCAUUAAUAAAACCAUAAAAUAAACUUG